AUGGACUAUACUAAGGAAAAGAGAGUAGAAGGAAUCCCUCCUAUCCAAGGAGAGACGCUAGAAACCUCGUUUAAAGGAAAGUGUAACGCCUUUCGAAAAGCACUAUUCCCUCCGCCACCGAGUACAGUACCACCAAGCUUCAAUAACUACCAAGAGAAAGAGUGGGAAUGGCCAGCGCUAUCGAUAACCGAGCUAGAACGCGCCUGUUCUAACAAGGUUAAAAGCAGCUCACCUGGCCCAGAC